UUCAAAAUUUAUUAAUAUUAGAUUUUUAAAAUUAAAUUUAUGAAUUCCCUCUCUCGCUUUAUAUAUAUAUAUACACGCCCGAUUAUCCUCGCAAAUAUUAUAGAGUACCAUAGCCUUCCAUCUUUUUCCCACUAUCUUCAAAUCACUUGCUAAAAAUGCACCUGGUUCCGGUGCUUCUCAGCUUCAUCACCGUUGCUGCACUGCUGGUAGUUACUCCGGCCACCGGAUAUCGUCCAUGGCUUCACUUAAAACCCAACAGCUCUGAUUUAUUGAUCGGAGGCUCCAAGAAAUUCGAGGGCUCAUCUGAGUUCGUCCACAUGAGAUACCACAUGGGCCCAGUCCUCACCGCUAACAUCACUAUCCACACAAUCUGGUACGGCCGGUGGCAGAUAUCCCAAAAGAAGAUCAUCCGCGAGUUCAUCAACUCAAUCUCGGCCGUUGAUGCCAAGCGCCCUUCGAUUGCCGGGUGGUGGAAGACCGUACAGCUUUACACGGACCAAACAGGCGCUAACAUCUCCCAUACGGUGCGCUUAGGGGAAGAGAAAAACGAUCGUUUUUACUCGCACGGGAAAUCCCUCACGCGCUUAUCGAUACAGUCCGUGAUAAAAAGCGCUGUAACUGCGAGUACGAAGCCAUUGCCGAUAAAUCCCAAGAGUGGGCUCUACCUCUUGCUCACAUCCGAUGACGUGUACGUCCAGGAUUUUUGUGGCCAAGUUUGUGGGUUCCACUAUUUCACAUUUCCAUCUAUCGUGGGCUACACACUCCCAUAUGCAUGGAUAGGUAACUCCGCAAAGCUUUGCCCUGGAAUAUGCGCGUAUCCCUUCGCCGUACCAGAAUACAUGCCGGGAUUGAAGCCGUUAAAGUCACCCAACGGUGACGUGGGAGUGGACGGGAUGAUAAGCGUGAUCGGGCACGAAGUUGCUGAGCUGGCAACCAAUCCACUGGUGAACGCUUGGUACGCCGGGCAAGACCCCGUGGCUCCCGUGGAAAUAGCGGAUUUAUGCGAGGGUAUUUAUGGAACUGGAGGUGGAGGGUCCUACACGGGACAGCUAUUGAAUGAUAAAUAUGGUUCCACGUACAACAUGUACGGCAUCAGACGGAGGUACUUGGUUCAGUGGGUUUGGAAUCAUAUCGUGAGUUACUGUACUGGGCCGAAUGCUCUUGAUCAGUAAUUUUUAUUUUUGUUAAAAUUUUUUGAAUAUUUUUGUUAUUGUUUUGGACUUUCUCUCUCGUCUUUGAUGUGUUUUGUGGUCUGGUUUUGAGGUGGCUGUUGAUGAUGAUUAGUUAAGGUAGUUAAGUUUGUUAAAUAUGUACCUUUGCAAUAGUUAUUCCUAAUACUAUUUUUGUAUACCAAUAGAUUGUACUUCAAUUCUCACCUUUUCUAGUUAACCCUUUUGAUCCAGUUUUUUUUCAUUAAUUUCUCGGCCCCCAAUCUUCCAAUUUGCGUGGAUAAUUCUCAUACCAAUUAUAAUUUUAAAACCCAACUUUUUCAUUGUAUAAAAAACACAAUAAUAUCUAUAUAUUAUCUGGAGUUUAGUUUUGAUUAU